AUGAUUGGUAAGGUGGUUGAAGAUGUUCAAACUGCUUUCAUCGAGGGACGAAAUAUUUUAGAUGGACCGAUGAUCAUAAACGAGAUCUGUACAUGGGCAAAAAAAGUCAAACACAAGACUUUUCUUCUUAAGGUGGACUCCGACAAGGCUUUUGAUUCUAUCAAUUGGGGGUAUUUGGAGUCCGUUAUGGUGCAAAUGGGGUUCGGAUCGAUAUGGCUGAAGUGGGUCAAGGGAUGUCUUUCCUCCGCAAGGGCUUCCGUUCUCCUUAACGGGUCUGCUACAAAGGAGUUUCCGUUAUCCAAAGGCGUUAGGCAAGGUGAUCCUCUGUCGCCUUUCUUGUUUAUAAUUGUAAUGGAGGGUCUCAACGUGGCGGUGAAGUCGGCUUGCCAGAAAUCGUUGUUUUGUGGCAUUAAAAUCCCCAAAGAUGGUCCUUCUAUUUCUCAUUUAUUUUAUGCGGACGAAGCGAUUUUUUGUGGGCGAUUGGUCUAG